CUAAACAAACGCAACGGUUGUUAGCUGGAACAGUUUUAGUACUAACGGCCAUUCGCAUAACGGCAGUGGACUAAGCGGUGUGAACAUGUUUAAAGAUAUUUCACAUAGUGGAUUAUUGUCCCUUUUCUCCAACCUCGGGAGAAACCCGCUUAUGAUAUGGCAUAAAGAGGUGAGGAAUGGUCACAUCAAGCAAGUUAUGGACAACGACACCAAGUCGAUGGAGUUGGAGCUUGAGGAGGCGAUUGUCAUUGCCACAUAUAUAACAUGUCCCGCAGACCCCAAGAUGACAUUGGGCAUCAAACUUCCUUUUCUUGUUGUGGUUGUCAAAAAUCUCAAGAAGGCUUUCACCUAUGAAGUCCAGCUGUUAGACGAUAAAAACAAUCGCCGGCGGUUUCGGGCGAGCACCGAUCACAGCACGACACGAGUAAAGCCGUAUAUCUGCACCAUGCCUUUGAGGCUGGGUGAUGACUGGAACCAGAUUCUGUUCAACCUGCAAAGCAUCACCAGGAGGGCCUACGGGACCAAUUACAUCGAGACGCUGCGUGUACGGAUCCACGCUAACUGUCGAGUAUCGAGAGUAUACUUCUCGGACAGAGUGUACUCCGAGGACGAGCUCCCAGCCGAGUUCAAACUCUACCGGCCAUCGAGAACCCGAAAGCAGAGGUGAUUGAUUUCCAUUCCAUUAAUCCAUUCUAAAUUCAGUACAUCGAACUGUAACUUCAGGAUAAACUCUAGUCCACUGUGUGCUAAUAAAGGUGAUGUGGCAAAUAAUUUGCUUUAAAGCAGAAUAAUGUGUGGAAAGGAGUGUGCCAUUUAAAAAAGUUAUAUCAACUGAUAGCAUUGGCAAUACAGAAAGGUAAAUGUAACAUUUAGUCAUGGUAAACUUAGCUCAAGUGCCUGUUGCUGCUACUGUGGAAAUUUUACACUCUUGUAAUAUUUGACUCUCACAGCUCUACGCUAAUUCUCCAGCGAGGCGCAAUGACUGAAUUUUUCUGUUAACUUUCCGCUGAGUUUCCUUUGAACAGAGCAAUUUUGUGCCGUAAUGUUUGGAUUUUUGGUUAGCGUGGAGGAAAACACUGCAGACCUUACAGGGAACCACGUGACACACAGAACUCCGCUCUAACAAUUAUUUUUGGCACGUUACAGGGAUUCUAACUUGCAAGAAUACAAGUAAAUAAGUGGAUUGAUUUUUAGAAGUUUGCCCAACUCUCGUUUGUUUGUGU